AUGUCCAGAGCAGAGCGCAACAAGAGGUUCAAGAAGACGAAGAAGGGUGAAGACGAGUCCCAGUUGGUACCCGACGUCUACGACCCGUACCAGCGGACGUAUAUAAGAAAUCCCUUCCACCAUUAUCGCGACGUCGACAAGCUAAUUGUGCUGGUUAUAUUCUUGAUUAUUUACAUAGCGCAAAUGCGCUCUACCAUCAAGGGUCAUUCUUCUUCAUCACAAAACAAUGAAGGGCCACGAGGAGAGCAUCGCGUGAGCUCGACACACCGCCUGUACAUGAUGCGGCACGGAUGA